GCUGAAGGCGUUGGGGGUGAGGGAUCUGUCGUACCGGUUGGCUUUUCUGGCGUGUUCUGUGCAGUCAGGGGAUCAGGAGAAGCAGCUGGUAAAUAUCAGGGCGGAGGACGAGGAGGGAAGUGCGGUGGCCUCAUUUACGCCCGAGGAGAGGGAGGAGAUGGCUCGCAUGAGGGCUGGCGGCAACCUGUAUGAGCGCCUGGUGGCGAGCGUCGCACCUUCAGUGUACGGGCAUGCGGACAUCAAGCGUGCCAUCCUGCUGAUGCUGUUUGGGGGCGUGCACAAGAAGACCCAUGAGGGCAUCAACCUCAGGGGCGAUAUCAACGUGUGCGUCGUGGGGGACCCCUCGUGCGCCAAGUCCCAGUUUCUCAAAGACAGGGGAGUUCUGCAUUGAGGCUGGGGCUCUGAUGCUGGCUGAUAACGGCAUCUGCUGCAUUGAUGAGUUUGAUAAGAUGGAUAUAAAGGAU